AUGCAAGACAAGUCGGCCUCUGCCAUGGUCGUGGAAUCGGUUCAAGAGACCCUGAUAGAGCAGGCCAAGGUCCAAAAGGAGAAUUUCCAGUCUAGCCAAGACGAACUCAAAGCAUCCAUGGAAAAAAGCUUGGAACGGAGACUCUGCAGGUUCGGACAGGAGAUGGCCCUCCUGGGAACGCGCGUGGAAGAGGUGGCCACAACCGCAGCGACUUCCUCGGACAAGGUCAACGCCGUCAGUUAUUCCGCCGCGGCCCUCCACAGCCAGCUCGAAGGGAUGAAGCAAAAGAAUGCGACCGAUGUGCCGGCGUUGGAUCAGAAGGUAGGCUACGACCUGCUGAUUGAGCUUGCUCUGUGUUUGACGCGUGGUCUCUUCAGUGCCCAAGUGCGACAGAGCGCCCGAGAAUUGUCCGGGGAGGUCGACAAGCUGCUUGCCUUGGUACAAAAGAACCACACCGAGUUCGACUCGCACGUCAAGUCUUCCCGGACCUUCAUCAAGAUGGCCACCGACCAACAGGCGAGCUUGGGCAAGACCAGCAAAAAUCUUGUGAAAGACAUAGAUAAUUUAAAGGCAGAGAAUGGGGACAGGAUGGUGAGCCUUGAGCGGAGCAAUGUGUCUGUUGUCACCACCAUGCGGCGAUUGCAGAGGUCGCUCGACGCUCUCGCGACAAAGGAAGGGCGGUGGGACCGUUUGGAGGUUCAGACCAAGCGGCACGUGCAGGUGUUGGGGGGGCACCUCGCAGAUCUCGAAGGAGCGGCUACCUGUGCCGAGCCCUUCAGACCACACCAUCAUCUGACGCCCUUGAGUAGCAACGAAUUUCUGGCAACGCGACGUAAAGCUUCCGCGGUGUGUGUUCCUCUCAGUCUCAGUCCGGCGAUGCAGAAGCACCUGUCGGCGGUGUCCCAGAUGGUGGCCAAGAUCGUGGCGACUCGAGCCGAUUACGAGGUCACACGGCAGGCAGUGAACAGAAAGAAUCCGGGAGAAGACAGCGACUGGGACAGAAAAGUCGAGGAGCUGAGAAUCCGCUUCAUGAACAAAUUCGUGUCGGACGUGGUGCAAGUAGCGAGCAAGCUUAGACCGCUUCCGGAUAGGCCGGUGGAGGAAGUGAGGGAGACCUUCGCUACCAAGCUCGAGCUCAGCAUGAAGCUCGCCAUCUCCAAGUACAAGCCGAUCCAGGCCGGCGCCACCAUCCUGGGCAAGGUGCACCUGCUACCUUCUUGCAUGGCCUGCGACAGGCCUUUCAUCGGCCCGGCGAUCCGAGGUCGGUCGUGCAAGACCAUCGGGGAGAGCGAGAACGUUCUAGAGAGCGUGCCUUGGAACGCAGUGGCGGGUCUCCAGCGGGGGGGAGCAGGGGUCAAUGGUUCGCCAGCAGCGUUGCAGCAGCCCCAUUUGUUUGUUUGCGAGGCUUCAGGGUGUGGCCGCAUGUGUCAAUCCGGGAACGGCGGGGGCAGAGAUCGCUCCCCUCACAAGUACGUCAUGCGGUCCGGCUUUAAGAUGCGCCAGUCCGCUAGCGAGGGGGGAGGCUUGGUGGCGCACCCUAGAGUGGCUGCGGGAGGGGACGAAAGCCUCGAAGACAUCUUGGGGGGGAGCAAGCGCUUGGUCUUCGGCAACGCUCAUUCUUCCUCCGUGAACUCCCUCGCUUCCUCACCUGCGGGGAGAGCAGACGUGAAAGACUCGGCGGAGUGCGGACGGCGUCCCCCGGGACCAGAUCAACGGAACGGUUUUGGACCUGAGGCCUUCUACCGUGGCUGCUCAGGCGGAAUUCAACGAAGCGCUCAUCUGAGCACACGACCACUCGCAUUCCGUUUGUUGUUCAGAAAAAACGCGCGUACCGGUUCGUUAUAUUCUUGUUCUCUAGGCCGUCCACCGACGAGAAAACGCUGGAGGACACAUCACCUUCAGAGAUCAAGAAGGAGUCAAGGGAUGGACCGGGGAUGGCACCAACAACAACAGACGCGAUGGGGGGCGCAGAGGCGUAGUGGGAGACGGGGAAAGGUUCCACGAAUCACCGGGUAG